GGCCAAUGGCCGGCCGCGCCGGCGCCGCGCGCUACAAGCCACCUCCCUCCCAAGAUCUCUGGGCGCGUGCGCCUCGCGAAGCUGGCCGGGCAAACAUGGAGAACUGUUUGGCAGCAGCGGCGCUGAACGGGUUGGACCGACGUUCCCUGCAGCGCUCGGCCAGGCUGGGCCAAGAAGUGCUGGAGCGGGCCAGGCGGAGGGCAGUGGACUGGCAUUUACAGGAGCGCCCCACGGGCAGCAUGGGAGUCCUUUCCCGGGAGGGGCCCUGCCGAGAAGGACGGCGGGCAGCCGACCCCCGGCGCUUUCUCCCCACAGAGAGAGAAGAAAGACACCUGACCCUUAAUGCUUCCUUCAGAAUAAUGGCUGAAUUCAUGGACUAUACUUCAAGUCAGUGUGGGAAAUAUUAUUCAUCAGUGCCUGAGGAAGGAGGGGCAACCCAUGUCUAUCGGUAUCACAGAGGGAAGUCUCAGCAGCACGUGUGCUCCAACACAGGGUAUGGUCAGAGAAUAGACAGAGAGAAGACAUUCCUGGAUCAGGGAGGCAUCUACCGAACAUCAGAGCCCGAUUCAGAGACGUCCCAGCCCGCCGAGAACAUCUCCAAGGACCUCUACAUAGAAGUAUACCCAGGGACCUAUUCUGUCACCGUGGCCUCAAAUGCCUUGACCAAGAAGACUCACGUGGUAGCAGUUGAUUCAGGACAAAGUGUGGACUUGGUAUUCCCUGUAUGAUGUUGGCUGCCACUGUCACUACACCACUUUUUAAGUAGCAAGAAGAUUAAAGCCAUCAUAUGAUUUUCUUAAUAAUUAUGCAUCAAUCCUGUUUCUAGCUCUGACCAUAGAGGGUCAGCCUGGGAACUGCCAUCUGUCUCUCUCAGUGCCCAUGUUAACCUGAGAGGAUAGAAGUCCCUGUCUCAUUUGCCUGUAAGUAAUGUGACAAUGAAGUCUGAACAGUUUUUACUGCUUGCUUUCUAAGUAAAGGUUAAUUAUGAUAAUAAAGGGAGAGAUUUGGAAACAAA